CACAUGGUUUCUUCUUCCUAACGAACAGAAUUGUCUUCCCAAACAACGUGUCAAUUGUGAAAUGACAUCCUUUUCCUCCUUCGCUUGCGAUUUCAGGGCCAGAUAAAUCAGAUCUGACCGGGUAGUUAAUCUCCCCUGAGUUUUGCUCCUCCUCCUAUAUUCUCCGUCAAAUUAUCAGUUCAGAGAUCAUAUAGUCGAGUUUAUUGGCUCGUAGUCAGUUGAUUGGCUUGAGAUGGGACUUUUUGAUGGAUUGCCUGUUUCUAAAGAGAAAUCUUAUUUAAGGGAAGAGCUUUCAAGAAUAGACGAGAGCUGGGCUGCUGCACGUUUUGAUUCCCUACCUCAUGUUGUUCACAUAUUGACGUCAAAAGAUCGUGAUGGUGAAGUUCAAUUCUUGAAGGAGCAGAGUGAUGUUAUUGAGGAAGUUGUGGAUGAAGUAGUGCAUGCCUAUCAUAGUGGCUUCAACAAAGCGAUUCAAAAUUAUUCCCAGAUUUUGCGGUUAUUUAGCGAAUCUGCUGAAAGCAUUGCCGUCUUAAAGGUUGAUUUGGCUGAGGCAAAGAAGCUUCUUGGUGCCCGUAACAAGCAGUUGCAUCAGUUAUGGUAUCGGUCAGUUACAUUGCGCAACAUAAUCUCCCUGUUAGAUCAAAUUGAGGGCAUAGCAAAGGUUCCAGCUCGUAUUGAGCAGCUUGUUGCUGAAAAGCAGUUUUAUGCAGCAGUACAGUUAUAUGUUCAAUCAACACUGAUGCUUGAGAGGGAAGGCCUCCAAACGGUUGGUGCUCUUCAAGAUGUCCGAUCGGAAUUGACAAAGUUGCGAGGAGUUCUUUUUUAUAAAGUUUUGGAGGAUUUGCAUGCACAUCUUUACAACAAGGGAGAAUACAGCUCAGCUCCCUCAAGUAUGAAUGAGAGGGAUGAUGAAUUGCCCACAACCACAGCUGUUGCAUUAUCAAUGAAUAAUUCACAAUCGCUGUCUCGAAGAACCAGGCUACUUAAAGGUGACAACCAGUUUGGCGCUUCUGGUCUUGGAGAUGGAUCUUAUAGGCCUAGUUCUGUUGAUGGAGGUUCAUCGUUUGAUGGCCAUGAUGAGGAGGGUGCAUUUGAAUUACAAGAUGAUGCUACAUCAGAUGGUCAUACAACAUCAGUUACUCAGAAGGAUGCGAAAAUUGUUUCACGUCAAAUUCCAUCAUGGCUUUCAUAUUCCACUCCGGAUGAAUUUGUUGAAACUUUGAGAAAGAGUGAUGCUCCCCUUUAUGUGAAGUAUUUGCAGACCAUGGUCGAGUGCCUCUGCAUGCUUGGCAAAGUUGCAGCUGCUGGUGCCAUAAUAUGCCAAAGAUUGCGACCCACGGUUCAUGAGGUUAUCACUACCAAGAUUAAAGCUCACGCAGAACAUGUCAAUUGCUCAAGAUCUGGCAUUGGUCAGGCUGCCCGAAGUGCUAUGACAGGUCUGCAUUAUUCAAAGGGACAUCUGAAUAGCUACCAAUUGUCAAAGCAGAAGCGUCAGAACGGAAUGUCGCUUGCUGGUACACUAGUAGCUGUUAGCCCUGUCUCACCUGUGAUGGCUCCCAUGGGAACAGCGCAGGCUGCAGCAAAGGAGCUGCUUGGUUCAAUUUUGGACAUUAUUGUUCGAAUAUUUGAGAACCAUGUUAUUGUUGGAGAGCUUCUGGAAACAAAAUCCUCUCAGCAACUUGACAUGAACACACCAAAGUCGAUGGCGGCAGAGAUAAAUUGGAACCCUGAAACUGAAGCAUCUCGUGACACUGGAGGCUACAGUGUUGGUUUUUCCCUUACGGUUUUACAGAGUGAAUGCCAACAACUUAUAUGUGAAGUUCUGCGAGCAACUCCUGAAGCUGCGUCUGCAGAUGCUGCUGUGCAAACAGCUAGACUUGCAAGCAAGGUCCCUUCAAAAGAAAAGAGGGAUGGGUCAGAAGAUGGUCUUACCUUCGCUUUUCGUUUCACAGAUGCUACUAUAUCCAUUCCUAACCAAGGGGCUGAUCUCAUUCGCCAAGGAUGGAGUCGGAGAGGACAAAAUGUCCUCCAAGAAGGUUAUGGGUCUAUGGCUGUCUUACCUGAACAAGGCAUAUAUCUAGCAGCAUCUAUAUACCGACCAGUUCUUCAGUUCACAGAUAAGGUUGCUUCAAUGCUGCCUCAGAAGUAUUCUCAGCUUGGGAAUGACGGAUUGCUAGCAUUUGUGGAGAACUUCGUGAAGGACCACUUCUUACCAACAAUGUUUGUAGAUUACAGAAAAAGCGUGCAGCAAGCCAUAUCAAGUCCAGCUGCAUUUCGGCCCCGAGCACAUGCGGCUGCUAGUUAUACACCAUUAGUGGAGAAGGGGCGACCUGUCUUACAGGGACUUUUGGCUAUAGAUUUCUUAGCAAAAGAGGUGCUUGGUUGGGCUCAAGCAAUGCCUAAAUUUGCUAGUGACCUUGUGACGUAUGUGCAAACUUUCCUCGAAAGAACAUAUGAAAGAUGUCGGACUUCAUACAUGGAGGCAGUUCUUGAGAAGCAGAGUUAUAUGCUUAUUGGGAGGCAUGAUGUUGAGAAUUUAAUGCGACUUGAUCCAGCCAGUGCAUGUUUACCAAAUUCUUUUGGUCAGCCAAAUAUGGAAACCGGUGCUUCUGAUGCUGAAAAUAUUGAGGUCGAAAUGGAAAUGAGUGACUUAUUAUUGAAUUUGCAGCCGAUCAAGCAGGAGAAUCUAAUUCGUGAUGAUAAUAAACUUAUUUUGUUGGCUUCACUAAGUGAUUCAUUGGAGUAUGUUGCACACUCAAUAGAAAGGCUUGGGCAAAUAUCUGCAAGGGCAUCUAAUCAAGUAGAAGAGAAAAUAAAUCAGAAAACCCCACAUCAUACUCGUACAAGUAGUGUACCUCCUAAAGAUCUGCCAUCAUUUGCGGAAGAGUACAGAAAAUUGGCAAUAGAUUGCCUUAAGGUUUUACGUGUAGAGAUGCAGUUGGAGACAAUUUUCCAUCUGCAGGAAAUGACAAGUAGGGAAUACUUGGAGGACCAAGAUGCAGAGGAGCCUGAUGAUUUCAUCAUUUCUUUAACUGCGCAGAUAACACGUAGGGAUGAGGAAAUGGCCCCUUUUGUUGCUGGAGUAAAGCGGGAUUAUAUAUUUGGUGGAAUAUGUAGCAUUGCCGCAAAUGCAUCCAUCAAGGCUUUGGCUGAUAUGAAAUCCAUCAACCUUUUUGGGGUUCAGCAGAUAUGUCGGAAUUCAAUUGCAUUAGAACAGGCUCUGGCUGCUAUCCCAUCUAUUGAUAGUGAAUCUGUACAAUUGAGGUUAGAUCGUGUCCGGACUUACUAUGAAUUGCUGAACAUGCCAUUUGAGGCCUUGCUUGCCUUCAUUGCAGAGCAUGAGCAGUUGUUCACGGUUGCAGAGUACUCUAAUCUUCUAAAGGUUCAGGUCCCUGGAAGGGAGAUUCCAGUUGAUGCUCAGGAUCGAGUGACAGAGAUUUUAUCCCAUUAACUUUCUCAAGUUGGAUAUUGAUUGAAUUUCAUGGAUCCGAGACAUGGAGACUAGCAUGCGUACGAGAACUUGAAUAUUCUUAUUUAUAGUGGAUGCUUGGACUGGAUGGAGGAGCUAUUUCCUUUGAAGUCAGUACCAUACGCGUGCCACCUGGUUUUCGUUAAUUCCUUUGAAGUCGGUACCAUUCGCGUGCCACCUGGUUUUCGUUAAUUUUUGACCGUAUUCCUACUGUUAUGAGGGUGAUAUUGUUGUGUUGUUAUUAUAAUUUUAUUCAUACGUAGUACUCGUACAAGUUUUGUGGGCUUUGUUUUCAGACAAUCUUUGGGGCUUCUGUUCAAUGUUGGUGGGAACAGAUCGCUAGUGCAUUGUAUGUCUUGUGAUGUUACAUGUAAUAUUCAUGUUAGUAGUAGAAAUGCGAGAAACAGAAAAUAAAAUUCUUAGAUUGUUUUUACCACUCUUAUAAAGAGCUGCUAUAAAAAUGGCACCAGUAAAAUUGUGUUGUAA